AUAAUACAUUUCUAACCCUGUAUUGUCAUUAUAUAAUGCCAGUCAAGCACGAAGUUGAAUUUUUGACAUCAGAUUUUGCACUGAAUGAAAUAGGAUCAGAACUUCUACAAAUAUUUGGCCACUACCAGACUUCAGAAUCAAUCAAAAAAGAUGUUGUGAACGCAUUUUCUCUGUCAUCUCUCCUGCCAUGGCCUUACAUUCUUCUCACUUUACUCGGUAUUGCCGGAUUGCUGUCUACUAUUACUACUGUUGGAAGUUCUGAGGUCUGUGCAUUCCUUCUAUUAUCAAUACUGAUUCUUAACAUCAUUGUGUCGUUAUGGGAGACCAAAAAAAAAAGGAAAGAAAUUUUAUUCAGAACUAUGUGGUGCUGUAAUAGCCUAAGCGAUGUUUAUAAGGACUCAACUACUACAGAUUGCCUUGAAUUAAAUGAAUUCAGUUCGCUACUCAACAAUUGUGAUACUUCUGCAAUAAGUAGUAGUCCAUCACACAGUAUUUCCUGUGUAUAUAGAAAAGACGUUGGAAAUUCUGAAACUCCGUUGCCUAUCCCGACAGCACUUUUAGCCACAGGUGAUUUCAUUUCACUUUGGCCCGGACAAGAAAGCCCAGCAAAAGUAGAAUGCGCUCAGGAUGAAUGUUUUGUUUUGGAAUGUGGGGAAAUAUUUCAACUUAGUCAUUUGCAGGGAUGCAGUGUAGGUACAGAUGAUGAAGAUAAUCCUAGUAGUCACAGAUUCAGGGUAUUGGAAUCACCAAUUUCAGCUGAAUUCAAGAAAAUAUUUUCUUCAAUGAAUCAAGAAUCUAUAAAACAUGAAACGAAACCUCCCAUAUUGUUUGAGAGACAAAGAAGAUAUUUUUUAAGUUGGUUCCUGAAGUUUGUCAUUCCAGCAUUAUUGGUAGUUGCUUAUAUUGUAAGCAUUGUUCGAUUACUGGUAUUGCCUCAGCCAGUAAACGAAGUCAACCUCAUAAUUUCAAGCAAAGAUUUCAAAUUGAAUAUUUCUGCAGUUAAUGAUGACACAAAUUCAUCAUGGUAUAAUUUGCUCAUAGAAAUUCCGAUACUACUAUGCAUUCCUUUAAUGCCAUUGUUGCUACCUGGGCUUUUAAUACUUUUGACAACGAUUGGAGAAGCAAAAACUUUGGCAGUUUGUCAGACAACUAAACCUAUCACACUCGAUCAAAUGGUCACAACAACAAAUACACUAAGUUCCCAAGCUGUUUUUUUCAAAUCUAAGGCAGCACCUAAGGAAAAAUGGCAAAAUUUAUUCUCAAAGUUACUUCUAGGAAAAGAUGGUAGUUUAUUCCACAGAAAUGCUGGUUUAUUCAUGCCACUGGGUUCAUUGACAAUUUUAUGCUGUGUUGACAAAGAAGGUAUACUGUCUUGGUUCAAUCCGAUCGCAGAAAAAGUUUUCUUCUUCAAACAUGAAGCAUCAAAUGAAGCUAUAAACGAUAAAUCUCAAAAUAAAGAUUUACAAGAUAUUUUUAAAGAUUCACCUGAGGUAAACAUGUUACCUGUAUUGAGAGAAAAUGACGAGGAGGAGUUGAAUGGAAGCCUGUUUGGGAAAAAUGAUGUAACGAGCCCUGGUUCCGAUGAACAGAAAGUAACAACAGAAACAUUGACAUUGUCUCAAGAUUCUCGAGAUCCAUCACAUAUUCAAUUCGAUGAUGUUACAUGGGAAAAUCAACUUUCCUCCUUAAAGCCUAUUGGUUUGAAUAUUGUUUUGAGUUUGUGUUGCUGCCCCAUAGAUCAGAAUAAUCUUCAAUUGAAGGAUGCCAACGGCUCUUUUCAGGCAGAAAUAUUGGAAAUGUUGAAUCAGAAAGAUUUUCUAAAUGAUCAAAGAAAUAAAUGUUCAGAUAAUUCAUCUCCACAUUUUCGAAUGCAUGAACAAGAACUUUCUACAAUUGCUUGUAAUUCUGACUGUUUAACACCAGGUAAUAGAAUUGCUACAAAGGGUCUUUGUUCUUUUGCUGAACUUAUUGGUUUUGCUCAAGAUGUAAGAUUGGCAUACACAUGCAAGCAAAGUUUCUCAGCGUUCAAGAGACCCAUAUGCGCUUUAUCGCAACAUCAUCUUGCUAAGCUCGAUAUCAGUGUUUCAUCUCAAGAACACGCAGAUUUGUCUCUGGUUGGAAACAUUGAAACUUUACUAAAAAGAAAUAAAUGGAAACAAUAUCUGCCUCACAUGCAUGGUGUUGUGUUACAAGAUGCAUUUGGUGAUGAACAUGCUCUUGUUUACGGAACUGGUGACCUCAUCGCAGAGCAAUGUAAAUACAUUUGGGACGGGAAAGAAACUCGGCCUAAUUCUGUAUUGGACAGAAAAAAGGCUGUCGAUUUUUACCAGAGAAGUUCCGCAACAGGACUGUGUAUUGCAUUUGCUUUCAUGCCUGUGAUUCCUGAAAGUUUGGAAGAUAAAAAAAUGGAUGCAGAAAAUGAUAAUCCUGUUUUGAUUAAUUUGUCCAAAACUAAAGAAAAGAAGAGAAGUAAUAUCGGACCAAAUCACAAAGAAAUAUUGAGCAAUAUGAUAUUUUUGGGAAUGACUGGACUCCAACACCAAGCCAGAUUUACUGUUUGUCAAAUGGUUGAUAUGCUAGAUAGGGCUUGCAUCAGAUUUGUUUAUUUUUCUGCUGACAAUGAAGUCAGAUCUAGGGCAUUUGCGGAGAAAAUGGGUUUGGAAACAGGCUGGAAUUGUCAUAUAUCAUUGUCAGAUUCACCCAACAAUACAAUUGUACAGGAAGGAAGAUUCACUCAGAUUCAAAACAGAAGUGAGUCAUCUAAAAGCAGAUCGAGUUCUGAAGGGAAUUCUAAGCAAAAGCAAGUUCAGGAUGAUGUAGAAGAAGAUGAUAGUCCUUCGAGUCAUCUGCUCGAUAGAAUGUCGCCAAGGACGCAGAGUGAAUCAAGUGCAUCAGAUUCUAUCUUCAAUGUUUCAAAUAGGGCCAAGCUACCAAGAGGAAUCAAAAAUAUUGUUCCACAUAUUGAAAAUGUUGAUAAUGUUCCACUACUUGUUCCUUUGUUUACUGAUGCAACACCUGAAACUGCAAGUGAAAUGCUAGAAAUUAUGCAAGAUUACGGUGAAGUUGUCUGUUGCAUUGGAAGUUCAGAUUGCAUCAGGAAUAUGUCCGUCUUUCAUAAAGCUCAUGUCAGCUUAGCAAUUGAACCAUUGGUACAUCCUAUGAAAUGUAGCAAGUCUUCUUCACUUUCGAGUUCAGACAGUAACAGCAUAAACAGUGAAUCCUAUGGAUAUGUGUCACCAGAUGCACAGCAGUUGUCAAUUUCAAACUGUGUUGCCAUGAGAACAGCAAGACAACUUCAUUGUUUUCCAUGCUCUUUACUGCUAUCUGGUGAUAAUAGCUUGAAUAUAAUAUCAACAAUGAUAACUCAGGCUCGUCAUUUUCUAUUCCUUAUGAGGAUAUGUUUCAUAUUUAUGAUGAAAUGUCAGAUUGCAUUAUCUUUGUUUCAAUUAUUCACACAUACCAUGUUACUACCAUCACCGUUUUUAGCAAUGGACGUCUUUUGGAUUGCAUUUGUUAUCUCACCAUGUCUUAGCUUAUCGUUACUUGGGUCUCCUCCAGAUCAAGAUUUAAUGACAUGGGCUAACCAGAAGACAUUGCCAAAAGAUUGUCCUGUUACCAGGUUCAUGUUACGACAAAGUACAAAGAGAUUUUUAGUCAAGUUUCUACCUAGCAUUUUUCUUCUGAUUUUAUGUUAUACCCUGUGUUUACAGUCCUGCUGUCUUUCUGUGAAAGAUAUUUUGUCACCUGAUGACAGCAUUCAAACACCUAAUUCUUCAGAAUUGAACAUUCCUGCCGGAGAUUCUUCGAUUACAAUGCAAUGUUUUCCAUAUUUUAUUAUCACUGUUACUCCGAAUAAUAGUAUUGAAAGUUCAACUAUUGUCCGUAUUUCAUUGUGGGAUUCCAUGGCUGAUUUGCAACGUAAAAGGAGAGCAAUACAGUUGGUUGUCUUGAGCUUCUUUGUUCUUUAUUUAUGUAUUGUGUCAACAUCGUACGUACAUCGGUGGAAAAGACUUACGCAGACUUCUCUGUAUUUGAACAAACUAUGGUGCAUAACGGUUCCGAUAUUAUUGCUUUGUCAAAUUGUAGGUGGUUUUGUUGCCUAUUCUGUAUUCAACAACAAGAGUAGUUCAAACAACAAAAUUUUUCAUCAAAAACUUUAUAAUUUUUCUUCAAGUUGGUUGGCCUUGGAUUUUGGUCGAUACCAGAUCGCAACUUGGACUCUUCUUGCUGUGUGGCCAGUUCUUUGUCUCGGUUUCAAUGAGCUCUGGAAAUCAAGAGAGAUAAAUAUGUGGAAUAGAGGACAGAAACGUGCACGCCUUGAUUUUGGGACAAAACUUGGGAUGAAUUCUCCCUUUUAAAUUGACAUUCUUCCUUAAGUUAACUGUACUUAAAUUUUGUCCUUCUAUUAUUGUGCAUAUGUUGGCUUCAAAUUUAUAUUGGGCAUUCUAGAGUUAUGGGAUCAAACCAAGUCUUAGAAUUAUCAUAUCUCAAUAUGGUGUUUGAAAUCCUAAUCACCAGAUAAAAUAUAUUGAUUAUUCACUUCUGUUUUCUUAUCAAUACUUCUUCAAAUUUUGUUGAGAUCUUGGGAGCAUCUGUUCUAUUAUUUCUAGAUGAUGUGUAUAUAUACUUUGUAAUAGCUGAAGCGUUAUGCUCUCAUCCAAAAUUUUUGAUUUAUCACUAACUCUUAUGCUUAUUUUCUAUCUGUUUUUUCAUUGCAAUGAAACUUGAUAUUACCUAUA